ACUCCAGGCAGAAACAACGAGAAGCCCUUGAACAAGUGCAAGAAGAUGCUGUCAACCAGGAAGCUGUCGUUAGGAAGAAGGUUCAAGGAACCAGCCAAUGGCUGGAGGACAGAGAGGAGCAGGUAGGGUAGCCUGUGACUACUUUAUAUUCAAGGGGAAGUUUCCUCAGAUGUCCUUGAGACCAUGAAGUAAAAAACGGAGGAGGAACAGAAAAGAAAAGAAAAAAAAAACCCGAAGAGGAACUGCGAAGUUCAGUCCCUGGCGACCAGCAGUGAGCGGAGGAAGUACAGGGGAGUUGUAAAGGAGGUGGUGUCAACAGCCUCCUGAUGAAAGAGGCAUCUUUGCAGAAAGAAGCAACUUGACAUAUCAGGACUUUUACCGCUGUAGAAAUAGCUCAGGCAUACAAAGCCCAUGCAAACACAGAAUUGCAGAAGUUCGCUAGAGGCUUAUCACUUCCCUGAGAAGAAAAGCACAUUUUCAGUUUCGUGUGCAUAAUACCAGUGAGGGCUCAAUUGCUUUCUUUCCUGGCCACCCUGCUAAAAUCCAGUAUUAACCGUACGUGUCCAGGUUGAGGAUCGAGAUCCGGCAGCCCACUCAGCCGGCGACAAAGCGAAGUCUUUGCUGCAUGAAUUAGAGGAAGCAAUCUCGGAACAACUGAAUCUCCAGACUGUAAAUACCGAAUUAGUGAACACUUGCCAGACACUUGAGCAGAAGACGAGGAAAUUGAAAACAACAACUGAGUCACUGAGAAAGAAGUUAAUUAAAGGACGCCUCCAUGGCUUGCUGUUUCAGAGCUGUUUAGAUGAGGAAUUUCCUCACUGUGAUCCCUUGUCCGGCACAGAUGGAAUUCAACAACCAUUUCAAGAUCAACUGAAGCAGUGUUGCCAUAAACGUUAUAGUGGGCAAGAAGCAAGAAUAUAUCAGACGCUCCUGACCUUCAAACAUACAUGCUGGUAUACACCUCUGCUGGAUGCCUUGCAUCUAGAGAGUCUCACAGCAAUUCCAAGCCUGGAAUUGACAUUUUCCUCAGGUGUAGCCAAACGAAUCCAGGUUUCACGUGAAAGGCCCAACUAUGGAGAAGUAGAGGAUGGUGCUUUGGAUGUGACUAGAAGAUGCAAAUGCCCAGGCCCUAAAGUUGGCCCCCACCCAGGAACAGAUCUUUCAGGUUGCAUCAGGAUGAAUGAUGACCUAAGGAUGGAGGAGAAUGGUGUUGACUGCUUGUAUUCUGAGAGCCUGCCACAGUCUAGGGAAUGUUCCACACUAUCAUCUCCUGGACACACUUCAUCCACAGAGAGUACUGUAACUUCAAGUGAUUCUGGGUCAGAAAUUUUGAAUAUGGCUUCUGGUGACCCGGACUGUAAAUCACUCUGUGAGAAAGAGGGAGAUACAAGAUCAGCUUCUGCUAUGAUAAAGAUCACAGGCCGAAGUCCAGCUCCUGAGAAUAUCGUACUCCAAGGCUCUGUGAGUGAGGACAAAACCAUGUUAAAUCUGGAAGCAAAAGAAGAACCAGAAACAAUAGGUGAGCAUAGAAAAGAAUGUGCUGCAGGAGACACUGCUCUUUCCUCCUGUCCUGUAACCACUGUGAAAUCCGUUAACUUUAGACAAAGUGAAAGCACGUCUGCUAAUGAGAAGGAGGUGGAGGCUGAAUUUCUCAGAUUAUCUUUGGGAUUUAAGUGUGACUGGUUCACCUUGGAGAAAAGAGUGAAGCUUGAAGAAAGAUCACGAGACUUGGCAGAAGAAAAUUUGAAGAAAGAAAUCACUAACUGUUUAAAGCUGUUAGAGUCUUUAACACCACUUUGUGAGGAUGACAACCAUGCCCAGGAAAUUGUUAAGAAGCUGGAGAAGAGUAUAAUAUUUCUUAGUCAGUGCACUGCACGAGUGGCCAGUAGGGCCGAGAUGCUGGGAGCCAUUAAUCAGGAAAGCCGGGUUAGUAAAGCAGUUGAAGUGAUGAUUCAGCAUGUAGAAAACCUGAAGAGAAGGUAUGCCAAAGAGCAUGCUGAAUUAGAAGAACUGAAACAGGUUCUUCUGCAAAAUGAAAGGUCUUUUAACCCUCUUGAAGAUGAAGAUGACUGCCAAAUUAAAAAGCGUUCAUCUUCCCUAAACUCCAAGCCAUCUUCUCUCCGAAGGGUGACCAUUGCCUCUUUGCCCAGAAAUAUUGGAAAUGCAGGAAUGGUGGCUGGGAUGGAAAAUGACCGAUUCAGUAGGAGGUCAAGCAGCUGGCGUAUUUUGGGAUCAAAGCAGAGUGAACACCGUCCCUCAUUACAUCGAUUUAUUAGCACCUAUUCCUGGGCAGAUGCUGAAGAAGAAAAAUGUGAACUAAAAACUAAAGAUGACUCAGAACCACCUGGAGAAGAAACAGUAGAAAGGACAAGGAAGCCAAGUCUUUCUGAAAGGAGAAAUAAUCCAUCAAAAUGGGAUGGAUCUUCAAUUUAUGACACAGUAGCUUCAUGGGCAACAAAUCUCAAGACUUCCUUCAGAAAGGCGAAUAAGGCACUCUGGCUUUCUGUUGCAUUCAUUGUACUGUUUGCAGCUUUGAUGAGCUUCCUCACAGGACGAUUCUUCCAAAAGUCUGUGGAUGCUACUCCCAUACCAGAUGGGGACUCCUGGAUGUCUGUAGAGCAAAUCUUGUGGCCAUUUACCAGACUCCAACACAAUGGACCACCACCAGUGUGACUAGAGCACAUCUUAACGUGUGUGUCUUGGUUUUUAAAGUUUCAGUAUCUGAACUUCGUAAAUUAGUCAUUUUUAGCUGGGAAAGUAUAGCAUUGAACCAGAGGGUCUCAGAAGGACUGUAAGGUAUUUUACAUUCCCUCUUUCUGCGAUUUCCUCUCUGGCUAAAAUACAAUGGGGAGGAAUCCUGCCUGUGAUUUUUAAUGAGCUUUUUGAGGAGGAGGUAUUAUAUAUUGUUUGUCAAAAUUUAUUGAAAUAAAGAACCUCAAGUCUUCCUAGAGUGAAAA